AGAAGAAGAAUACAUAAGGUUAUGUUAUGUUGUCGGACGUCGGACGUGUUUAUUUUUAUUUUUAGUACAAUAUGAAAAUACAUUCAUUAAUGUAAUUUAAUUUAUUUGUGAUUAAAGAAUCAUAAAAUCAACAAGAUGUCCGUUGUAAUUGAAACAACUUUGGGAGAUAUUACAGUCGAUCUGUACCUGAAUGAUAGGCCCAGAGCCUGCCUGAAUUUUCUGAAGCUAUGCAAGUUGAAGUAUUACAAUUAUAACUUAUUCCAUACUAUAAGUCGUGGAUUUAUAGCUCAAACUGGUGAUCCCACUGGGUCUAGAAGUGGUGGAUCCUCUAUGUAUGGACUACUAGAUGGCCCAAAUAAAAGAUAUUUUGAAGCUGAAGAUGAACCAAGAAUUAAACAUACAAAGAUGGGACUUAUUUCUUUUGUUGGAAAUGAAGAUCACAUGAUUGGAUCCCAGUUUUUCUUCACUUUGGGCGAAGACUUAAUAUAUCUUGAUCAGAAACAUUGUGUCUUUGGAGAAGUAGUUGAAGGAAUGAGUGUUUUAGAAGAAAUCAAUGAGGUUAUUUGUGAUAAUGAUGAUUGCCCUUAUCAAGAUGUAAGGAUCACUCACACAGUUAUUCUAAGUGAUCCUUUCCCAGACCCAAAGAGACUUGUAGUACCAUCCAGAUCACCAUCACCUAGUGCUGAACGUCUUCAAGGCGGUAGAAUAGCUCCCGAUGAAGAGAUCGAUGAAACAGAAGGCAAGACAGUUCAACAAAUUGCUGAAGAGCAAGCAGAAAGAGAGGCUAAAGCUAGAGCUACAAUCUUAGAAAUGGUAGGGGAUUUACCAGAUGCAGAUAUGGCUCCUCCAGAAAACGUAUUAUUUGUGUGUAAACUAAAUCCUGUAACUAGUGAUGAUGAUCUAGAAAUAAUAUUUAAUAGAUUUGGUAAAAUUGUUUCUUGUGAAGUUAUCAGAGACAGAAAAACUGGAGAUUCUUUGCAGUAUGCAUUUAUCGAAUUUGCUGAAAGGAAAUCAUGUGAAGAUGCGUAUUUUAAAAUGGAUAAUAUACUUAUUGAUGAUAGAAGGAUACAUGUAGAUUUCAGCCAGAGUGUAUCGAAAGUUAAGUGGCUUGGUAAAGGAAGAGGGGUAGCUCAUUUUGAUGACAAUGGAAGGUCUACAAACAAAUCUAAUAAUGAUAUAGGAAAAGGAAACUACAAAACCCGACGAAAAUCACCAAAAAGAAAUAAUCAAAAUCAAUCAUUUUCAAACUCAACUCAUAGUCGAGAUAGAAAUAGAAGAGAUAAAUCAAGAACACCAACUAGGUAUACGAAUAAAGAAAAUAGUUCCCAUAAGAGUUCGGAUACUAAUCAAGUUUCAAUACGAGAAGAUAAAAAUAGAGCCAAAAAAAGUGGUAGAGACAGACGGCAUAGGUCACGAUCCAGAUCAGUUUCAAGAAGUGAAUCUAGAAGGCAAAGUCGAGACAGGGAAAGGAAUAGAUAUGAAUAUCAUGACAGGGAUAGAUCACGAAGGGAUAAUGGGGUAAGAAAGGAACACACUCGAUCUGAAAAAAGUGAUAGAGAUCAGAAAAAGCACCGAGAUUAUUAUAGGUCAAAAAAAAAUUAUUCAUCAGAUUCAGAAACAGAUAGAAAACAAAGGAAUAAAUCUAAGUAUGACCAUAUGAUAGAAAAAAAUUCCAAAAAAUUUAGUAAACAGAAAAAAGAAAGUACAUCUGACAGGUAUUCAAAUGAAAAGAGGUCUAACAAAAAAACAGAUCAAAAGCGUAGCAAAAACGAUGACACUUCGGAUAGUGAUUCUUCAGAUAGCGAAGACUUAAAAAAGCGAAAGAAGACAAAUGUUAAAAGUAAAAAAAGUAAAACAGUUUCAACAGAAUCUUCCUCUAGUGACAGCUCCGACUCGUCAAGCACUGAAGAGUACAGAAAAAAGAAGAAAAAAUAUUAUAAAAAAAAGUAGUAAUAAGAGUCAGUGAAUAAAUGUAUAAAUAAAA